GCUCAAAGGGAAUUUGGUGCUGAUGGCUGCGGAUGCAUUGUUGUAGCUGGCUUUCACAUGGACCAAACUCUGGCUUCUACCAGGGCAGCUAAAAGGACCGUGGUUGCAGCUCAUCUGUUGAUUCUUUCCAGUUGUUGUCGCAGAGCUGUAGGAAGAAACUGUUACCUUUGUGCACGAGACCGCUCUGCAAACAUGGCAACUAAAAUCCAGAGUUUGACUGACGCGGAGAGAGCUCACCUUCUGCCACUGCUGCAGAACGCCCAAUGGGUGGAGGUGGUGGGCCGGGAUGCCAUCUACAAAGAGUUUCUUUUUAAAGAUUUUAAUCAGGCUUUUGGUUUCAUGUCCAGAGUGGCACUACAAGCAGAGAAGAUGGACCAUCAUCCUGAAUGGUUCAAUGUUUACAAUAAGGUGCAGAUCACCCUGAGCACGCACGACUGUGGGGGGCUCUCGCAGCGCGACAUCACUUUGGCCACCUUCAUUGACCAAGCCUCACUGAUGUGACCACAAGUUGAAGAAGUUGCCUAAAUAUCCAAAGAGUAACCUUUUGCCGUUUUUGUUGAAUAUUGCAGUGGCCUGUAAAGUGUCAAAUGUGUUUUUGCAGAGGUCUGUGUUAGUGGCUUUGCACACACUGAAGUAGCUGAUACGAAUCGUCAUUGUGAAAUGUUCAUCUUUCAGGAAUUAUUUUCCUGUAUUUUAUCAAGAAAUUGUAUUUAAUGUCAGUUGGAUCUAGAUUAGCGCAAUGUGUGUUAGAGGGGAAUGGACUAUUUCCAACCAACGCUCUGUUGUAUAUCAUUUUAGUUAAUGGUGUAUUUUUGGUGAAAAGACAUCUUGUGAUCAUGUCACAUCAUGUCCCUUAUUAACACCGAGAGUGCUUUUUUUUGUACUAAAACAAUUUACUGCAAACCUUCCCUUCCUUUUUGUUUUCACA